GGACAGUGUUGGUGCUCGAUACUAGUGUACGUUGCUAACGUGCCAAGUGUGCAAUUACAAUUAGAGAAUUAAACUAGCCCAUGAAUCGCGUUGUUCGAUUGUGGACCACAAAUUUGAAGGUCUUUACGGCCGUUGUGUGAAGUUAAGAAUCGUGCACUGCUGCCCGUUUGUUCGUUGGUGCGAAACAGGUUCUAGAGCUAGGUUUGUCCUUAACCAUAAAAGACGUCAUGCAAACCGUCCAACAUCUUACGUCCAAGACAAGCUGGUUCUUCGAUCGCUGAAAAGAGUUCAGCACUCGAAGAGAUGAUGGGCGUGUGCUAGAUUGGCGCGAUGAAAAGCUAACACAACCAACCAAAUCGUCUUCGCUGCACGAUCGAUCGAUAAGAAAAAAGAUUCCAUAAUCGCUGCCUCCAGCCGAAUACAUCUCACGCCGGCAGUCGCCUGAAAGCGGGGCUGAUUGAAGCCUACGGCAUAGCUAGACCCGCUCGGCAAUUAGCUGCGAUAUAACCAUUUCCGACAAAUCACCACCAGUCGCGAGCGGUCCCCACAAAACGACAACAAACCACGCGUGUGCUGCUGUUGAGAGCAAACAGCAGUAGCAAACGAUUUUCCACCCCAGGUCGGACGAACCAUUUCCCUUUUGGCGUCGACGACCACACGACGCACGCUGAAGCCCGGAACAGGAAGUGAAAUUGAAAUUAAUAGUGAAAAAGAGAGAUGAAAAAGUGGCCAGUUAAACAAACCGCAGACGUCAUACAUUCGAUGUGCGGUCGCAGCAAAUAGUAGGUGAAAAAUCAAUACAUAACCCGGAAGCAUCGGUAUCGUGCGAAAACGCCGAUUGUAAGUUUGUGUUGAGCAAAGCAGCGCAUAGUGGAAGCGAAGAGAAAGAAUCCAAGUGCAACUGCUCCGUUAACCGCUCCAAUGUUGUAGAUCGCUCAAGGAUCUGCAACCUUGCAACAGUGGCGGUGUGAAGUGUGUGUGAGUGAGGCGUGUUUGUGUUGGAAAGAGUGAAGUGCAUCUGACGUACGGUGCAAACGAAACGAAGCCCGCUGAUAAUGCUAUCGCGCAUCGGAGGCGGCGGCCAUCAGCAGCAGCCUUCGUCGGCUCCACCAUCACCACCGGCCAUAACGAUGGCGGCGGGCAACCAUCACCACAGAGUGCCACACGAGGUGGACGAUCUGGAUGAGUAUCUGUCCGAGUACAAGCUGCAGGCACCGAUUGAACCCAUCGCCCAUUACGCCGAUGGAGAACUUGAAGCAGAAUGGCUCAAUUCGGCAGGUUUUCCACAGCUAACCAAAGCAUUCGAAGAGGGUCGCGAGCUGUCAGCGACAGAACUAGCUCCGGUCAUCUCUGGUCUAUCGAGUAUGCACGCGGAAGCGGUAAAGCAGCGCGUGAAGGCGCUCAACCGCACGGUACGCGGUCGCACGCGCAACCGAUCGACGAAGAAGCCGGACAUACGGGACGUAUUUCGGGAUCAAGAUUCUUCCAGCACGGGCACCCGGUCACGCAGCGCCACGCCCGACUCGCUCGACUCGCUGCCCGGUGACGAUGCCUGGAAUACGCCGACGAGCAACGGACAUCACCAUCAUCAUCACCCUCACAUACCGAGCUUUGUGUCCGUGUUCGAUGGUAAUGGCGUUGUUCGACCGACGCCCAUCCGUGGCAAACAGCAUCUGCGACGCACGCCCAGUGCACCGUUGCGUGGUUCGGCGGAACUAUUUCGCGGAUCACACAUCCGCUGCGACAUCCCGAUUAAUAAUGAGGGCAUUGAAUUGCUUAACUUCCAAAGACUGGGAACGAUACACAUACCAAGGAUUCGAUCCGGUUCGGAUCCAUCCUGUACGAUCGGACCCCACGCUGGUCAACACAUUUCGGGCACGCGGAGCCACACGAACCUGUACAACGGUACGGCCGUGGUCCGGCGGGACAACGAUGACUCCGGCAACUCGUCCUCGGAGCAGAGCCCGCCGAGUUCGCCGCCACGCAACAGUCUGCUCAGCUCGGUGGAGAACUCGCCGCUUCGCUCGUCGUACGAACCGGUCAGCUUCGAGAGCAUGAUCAAGCAGACGACCCCGUCCGCCGCGGACCAGUGGCAACAGCGGCCGGAAACGGCACGCGAACCCUGCCUCGACAUCGACCAGAUAUCGGAAGGCGAACAGAAGCGGCUGCAACCGCUCCUGUGGCUUGAGUUGGCCUCCCUCUUCGACAAGAACCACGUUUCGCUGGACAAGCGGAAACCGUUCAAGCGAAAGCGCAAGGAGGAAGGCAACGUGUUUGGUGUGUCGCUGAAUGCACUCGUUCGCCGUGACCAGCAGGUCACCGGUGAGGAUACGACCUUGGUGCCGCUAGUGCUGCAGGCCAUACUGGCCGAGCUGGCAGUGCGCGGUGCGCGAGAGGAAGGCAUUUUACGCGUACCAGGCCACAAGCAGAAGACCGAAGCCCUGUACAACGAGAUCGAACACAAUUUCUACAGCAAGCCGGAAAAGAUCGAUCCUCUGAUCAAGAAAGCGGGUGUGCAUGAUCUCAGCGCGCUGUUGAAGCGUUGGCUAAGGGAGUUGCCGCAGCCACUGCUGGCUAACGAUCUGGUGCAUCUCUUCUAUCAAACGAACGUUCUACCUCCACACGACCAGUAUAAAGCGCUGGCGGUGCUGUGCCAGCUACUACCGCAUGAAAAUCGCAACACACUUCGCGAACUGCUCAACUUCUUCCGUCGAGUAGUGGAGCUGCAAGACCUCAAUAAAAUGUCCCAGCAGAACGUGGCAACGAUCAUUGCGCCCUCGUUCUUCCCUCCAAGAUUUGUGCAUCCACCGGACAAGAACGAUAUCGGAGCGCAGGUGCGUAUGGCUGCCCAGUGCUGCCAUCUUACCAACGUGCUCAUAACGAUGACCGACAGCUUAUGGUUGGUGCCACAGCGUCUGAUCGAGCAGGGCAAGAUGAUUAACAAAAAUGGACAGCCAAAGCGUCAGCUAACGCGCAAAGCCAAAAACGGAAGCGGAAGCAUCAUAUCGAUAAACCGAAGUGCUACCAAUGGUGGUGACUUUGUGUUCGACACCAACCACAUCCAUCGGUUAGUGAUCUGAUCGUCGGAGGAAACCGGCACCGGCCGCCACAUCCUCCCUUUUUUGUAGGGAAACCAGGGUCUUACCACCAACCACCAACAAGCUUUAUCACAUCGUCGUCAAAACCAAGAACAUAACGCUAAACGUACUUACACGAAUAUGCUUAAAUAUAUAGUGUUAGUCUUUGAUAUGUACUGUAAUAGUAGUUUAUAGUAAGCUAACAAAUAGGGAGAGAGCGGAAACUCUCACCAAAAUGACCGGUAUUAAUUUAUCUGAUGCACCUGUGCCCUUCUCUAUUCGUUCGCGCUCUGACCCACAUACCUCAUUAGGCGAUAGGAACAGCAGGGCGGAGGUACACAGGACACCGGAUUCUGCGUCUUUGGGUGCUCUGCAAACUACUACAGGUCAGUUAGGGUUUUUGAUGAAAACAAAGAGUGGUGCAAUCUGUCGAUUUAAAUCGUUGGACAAGCGUGCAAAACAGCAGCCAGAAUUAGAGUUAAACUGUAUGUAUAAUCUGUGUGACACGUGCUUACCAUUGUUUUGUGCUAGUUGUUUAUGCAUUCUUCAGCCUGGUCAUUUACACUUAUACGUAGGAGCUAGUUAAUUGCGAUAGAAUGCUCACCAUUCGGUGUGCAAGAAGAUUGUAAAUAGUUGUGAGAUUCGGUUGCGUGCGUGCCUGCGUGUGUUUUCUGGGAAUCAUUUAGGGCUUUUUCAUCUCCAAGCGUUCGUUCCCUCGGCAGUGGAAAUGGUUUAAAAAUAGGAAUCGGCAACGGCCGAUACGCUCAAUCAUAAAUGCUUGUCAUAAGAGCAUCGAUCGUUCUCCACUGCACUGGGUGUUUGUGUUGUUGCGUGCUCCAUGUUGGUCUAAAUUUGGAACCGGCAUAGAUUUGUUCCUUUUGAAACCCCCAUGUCGGAAGAUCUUCAUCUCAAUGGGCCACCAUCGUUAAUGUCACCGACUGGCUGUUCGGAACCAAUCGGUUCCAGAGAUCGUAUGGAUCGACAACGCACACCACACACACACGCCCAGGAAGAUAUAUUUAGACUGACACUUCAUCCAUUAGUAUUAACAGGUUCCAGCUGAAACCGUAACGAGCACCACGCGCGUUGGGCCUAAAAUACAUCAGAUUGAUCGCACGUGUUUAUUGCCCGUGCGUCUCGGGAACGAUCGCUAGCUUAGAGCUUGGGUAGGAAUUUGUACUGGAGCAUAGUCAACAGCAAUAUUUAUUGUACAUGCAGCGAAACCUAUCGUGGAAAAGCAAUGCACGUGGCGUCAGUGUAGUUUGCCACAGGUUUAAAUAAUAUCGUAUAGUAGGAUUAAAAAUGUAGUGCUAAAAAUGUGUAAAACUCCAAAACAGGUAAUACCGUAUUAAACAUUUAAAGUGUGUGGAGAGUGUG